AUGACAUCAACUUUUGAUCCAUAUACUCAGAAUGUCACUUUUCACCUUGCAGAUGGCACGCCUUUCGAUGUGCCUAUAACAGCGAUUGAUGACUUUCUGCAGUACGCAAUCCGGAUCUGUAUUAACUACUCUUCGCAGCUGGGAGCGUCUGUGGUGCUUCUAGUGAUUCUUCUACUUUUGACAAUGCCUGAGAAGCGUUCUUCAUUUGUUUUCUGCUUGAAUUGUCUUGCCCUGCUUCUCAAUAUAGGCAGAUUGCUCGACGAAAUUAUUUUCUUCACUACGCCUUUUGUGGGAGCGUACCAGUACUUCUCUGGCGACUACUCGAGCGUGCCCGCUUCAGCAUAUGGAAACUCCGUACUGGGGGUUGUUCUCACCUCUCUUCUUCUCACAUUCAUCGAAACCUCGCUCCUGCUUCAGAUCCAAGUCGUCUGCGCAAACCUCAGACGCCAAUACCGCCGCAUACUCCUCGGUAUAUCCGUCCUGGUUGCCCUGAUCCCGGUUGCCUUGCGUCUCUGGUUUAUGGUCGAGAAUGCUCGGAACAUCAUCGAUACGAGCAACCCCCAUAGCGUAGCAUGGCUUGAGAGCGCAACCAACAUCGUUAUCACGGUGAGCAUCUGCUUCUUCUGCGCGAUUUUCGUGACCAAGCUCGGGUUUGCCAUUCGACUGCGUAGACAACUUGGCUUUAACGACUUUGGCCCGAUGAAAGUCAUCUUCGUUAUGGGUUGCCAAACCAUGGUUAUUCCAGCCGUAUUCUCCAUAGUCCACUACGCAACCACCGUUCCCGAACUCUCCUCCAACGUCCUUACCCUAGUCACCCUGUCUCUCCCGCUUUCCUCAAUCUGGGCCGGCACAACCCUCGACCGAUCAAGCAGCACCUCCGCACGACGUAACCUCUGGCAAGUCCUGUCUUUUUCCGACACGAGUCGAAGCAAACAAACAUCUUCGUCUUCAUCCUCCUCCGGCGUGAAGUCAUGCACGAAAUGUUACUCCGACUCCCACCCGGCCGAUAAGAAGGGUAGUGGUUUGACCUCACCGUAUGAGAUUGCAGUUGAGCAUGAUAUUCUAGUGAGCAGCACCACGAGGAAUUAUUCUCUUGUUUAAUAAUUAAUGGCCUUGCAUUGCAUACUGGGAGUCCCUUAUUUUCGGGAUAGGGAUACCUUGUCCCCACAACCAAGUGGACUUGGGGAGGGUUGGGUAUUAUCGUGGUAGAUGGGUUACUUGAUCACUUUCUAUUCCUUUUCUUCUGUGUUGAAUUUUUCUUUCUUUCUGUGUGUUGCUGCUUUUUUACAUUUCUUUUUUUUUCGGCUUUCAAUGAACGUAGGGUUUCGCUGGGACUUGACAAUCUGAGAUAACUAGGUAGAUAGUUAAGUAG